GGAACCUCCAGCUGCUCUGACUACGCUUCUUCAUGCAGAGGUUGGAGUGGUCACUGCAAAGGUUCAUUAACUAGGUCAACAUGUUGUGGUCUCUCCUGCUGCUGCUCCUGCUGCCAAGUCAAGGCGUGUCCUCAGGAGACGAGUGCGGCUGUGACACGUCCAACAGUCGCUGUGACGACUCAGGAGUGUGCAGGUGCGAUCCCGGCUGGGACGGCGAGCGCUGCCAACGCUGCGUGCCGACGCCGGGCUGCGUCCACGGAAGCUGCCGGCGACCUUGGCAGUGCGAGUGCCUGCCUGGCUGGGCGGGGCGCUUCUGUGACAAAGACCUGGACGCGUGCUCGCGGCAGCCAUGUCGCAACGGCGCCUCGUGCGUGAUGGACGACAGCGGCGAGUACACCUGCGCCUGUCUGCCGGACUUCUACGGUCCAAACUGUCAGCUGAAGGCGGGGCCAUGCCUGCAGAACAAGUCGGCAUGUCAAAAUGGCGGUCAGUGCGAAGACGACCGCGGCUUCGCGGCCCAGCUGACAUGUCGCUGCCUGGCGGGCUUCGGCGGCCCGCGCUGCGAGGUCAACGUGGACGACUGUGCCAUGGCGCCUUGUGCCAACGGCGCCACCUGCUUGGACGCCGUCAACCGCUUCCUGUGCGUCUGCCCCGUCGGUUUCACGGGACGAUUCUGCACGGUCAACUUGGACGACUGCGCCAGUCGGCCCUGCCUGAACGCCGGCCGCUGCCUUGACCUCGCCGGAAGCUUCCACUGCGUUUGCGGGCUGGGCUUCGCCGGUGUCACCUGCGAGGUGCCGCUGAGGUUCGGCGGCGGGCGUGAUUGGCGAGGAAGCCAGCCGACCAACGACGGGAGUGCCAACAGCACGGACGCCAUCGAUGUGCUCUUCAGGGUCACAUUCAGCGAGCCCAGUAUCGGCCUGUCGAGGGCGGAGCUUAUUUCAGUGCUUGUGCUGGCGGGCCUGACGUUGGGCACCGUCGCGCUGACUGCCGCCGUCGUACUGCGGGGUCAUUGCACAGCUUGUGGCCACGCCCCCUGGAAGCGGCGGCGAGCGCAACAGAUCCAUGACGACUGUCACAUAAACUUCCUGCACGCGGCUGAGAGGAAGUUGAACUCUGAACCUUCCCCCUCACAGCCUUUAUAUGCCGAUGAACGCUGA